CGACUGCCACGUGACACCCCUGGGCCCUGAGCUUACACAAUGCAGGGCAUGACAGCAAGGGCAGCUAAUAUUGUGACAGUGAAGAGUGACAGGGCAGGUCGUGACUGAAAUCGGAUGUCAAAUGAAACGAGAAGGGGGGUUUUGAGGCUCUUCAUCCCAGGCGAGCCCCGGAAAACAAAAGCGGCUAUCUUGGGUUGCUACUUUCUAGGGGUUCUGAGGAUUUUCCAACUCCUAGGCUUCAUCAAAGUAGAACUAUAUAUGUCGAGCUGUCCCGCUAUGACAGACGGACUUGGCUCUCCCUACUACCAAGCAGCAGCAGCUUCUCCGCGCAGCCUUUUACCGCCACCACUCACGGCUCUGGCAACGAACUGUAUAUUGUGUAAAUAUGACUGGGACUUCGGGUGGCUUUCCGGUUCGCUCCGUCUUCUUAUCCUUUGGUAUCUCCCACUGUAUAUACGCUUUGCGAACCCUAUGUCUACGUCUUCUCCGGCUUCUACAAUUUCUAUGUACAUGUGCGAUGGAAGCACCGCGCUCAACAGACACAGACUUGGGCACGUGGUGUAUGCUGCGGCUUCGGUCUAGAACGAAGACAGG